AGCUGAAGUUGGUACCCGAAAAUGAGCGCACUGAGAGCCGCGAGCGGAGCCGUCUCUGCGCCGCGGAGAGGCUCCGGGUCCGUGCAGAUGCGCCGGUGGCGUUGCUGGUGCUGGUGGAUCGUGGUGGUCGGUGUGGCAGUCGGCUCCGUGGGUCCGCGUGGGUCCGCGGACGCGUGCCCGUCUUCUUGCUCCUGCAGCGCCUCCAGGAUCUCCUGCGUGGACCAGGAGCGAGGUAUCAUGGCUUUCCCCAUCCUGCAGAGCGAAGCGGAGAUGGAGAACAUCACUGACAUUUAUAUCGCCAACCAGAGCAGCUUCUCCUCCAUCAAUGACAAAGAUCUGCACUACUACAAGAACCUCAGGAACCUAACGGUGACCAACAGUCGGCUAACAUAUUUAUCAAUGCUGGCCUUUCAAAACAACAUCAAAUUGCAGUACCUAAACCUGAAAGAUAACAACCUGUCCUCACUGUCCUGGAAGAUAUUCAAACACCUGAACAUCUCUUAUUUGAUCCUGUCAGGGAACCCUUUGCGUUGCUCCUGUGACAACAUGUGGAUAAAGCUGUGGUUGGGGGAGGAAGCAGACACUCAGGAGCUCCGAUGCAUCGAAGAAGGAGGAAGACGCAAACUGCUAUCCAGGCUUACACUCCCCAAAUGUGAGGUUCCGAAGGUGACGCUGAGACUAUCCAAUGAGACAGUAAGGGAGGGGUCGAACCUGAAAUUGACCUGUAACACCUCUGGGGUGCCCUCACCAGAGCUGAUAUGGGGCAUGAAGUUAGUCUCUAACUAUGAGAUUGAGACAUCAGGCCAGAUGUCAGUGGUGCAUCUGUCCAACCUCUCAUCGCUGGACCACAACCGUAAGAUCACAUGUACGGCGGAGAACAUUGUAGGAGAGAAGGAGUCCUCAGUGCUGCUUGAUAUACUUUUUGCUCCCAGCAUCACCAAACUGAGUGAUGCAAUCCCAGACCACCACUGGUGUAUCCCCUUCAGCGUGUCAGGUAAUCCAGUGCCUGAAUUCGAGUGGUUACUGAAUGGCGAGGUGGUGUUGGAGGGAGAUUACAUCAUGACCAUGAUCCAUGAUGUCACAGAGAGGGAGUACCAUGGCUGCCUGCAGCUAGACAGUCCAACGCACCUCAACAAUGGCCAGUAUACACUUGUGGCAAAAAACAUAUACGGACAAGACCAAAAGUCAGUGACGGCUCACUUCAUGCGCGAACCCUGGGAAGGAACCGUGAAGGAUCCUAUAUAUUAUGACCUAACCACAGAUGGGCCCCCCCUAGAUCCACCUGAAGACAAAGUCGCUAUGUAUGUGGUUUUGGGCAUCGCCUUUGCAGCCCUUGUGGGUUUCGUUGUAAUGUUUUCCAUUAUCAAGUGUGGAGGAAACACCAAGUUUGGCAUCAAAGGACCAUCUUCAGUGAUUAGUAAUGAUGAUGACUCUGCCUCUCCUCUUCACCAUGUAUCCAAUGGCAGCAACACUCCCUCUUCUUCAGAGAUGGGCCCUGAUGCCGUCAUCAUUGGGAUGACCAAGAUCCCAGUGAUAGAGAACCCUCAGUACUUCAGAAGCACCAACAGCCUCCUAAAAACUGACACAUUUGUUCAGCACAUUAAGAGACAUAACAUUGUUCUGAAGAGAGAGCUUGGAGAAGGCGCCUUUGGAAAGGUUUUCCUCGCUGAGUGUUAUAACCUUUCACCCGAUCAGGAAAAAAUACUGGUGGCUGUCAAGACGCUUAAAGAGGCCAGUGAGAACGCCAGGAAGGAUUUCCACCGUGAGGCUGAGCUGCUGACCAAUCUUCAGCACGAACACAUCGUGACUUUCUAUGGUGUCUGUGUGGAGAGCGACCCACUCAUCAUGGUGUUUGAGUACAUGAAACACGGAGACCUCAACAAGUUCCUCAGGGCUCACGGUCCUGACGCAGUGCUGAUGGCAGAGGGGCAGACCACCAGACCUGUGGAGCUGACCCAGUCACAGAUGCUCCACAUCGCUCAGCAGAUAGCAUCUGGCAUGGUCUACCUGGCAUCGCAGCACUUUGUGCACCGUGAUUUGGCCACCAGAAAUUGUCUGGUGGGAGAGAACCUGCUCGUAAAGAUCGGAGACUUUGGCAUGUCCAGAGACGUUUACAGCACUGACUACUACAGGGUAGGUGUCGGAGGUCACACCAUGUUACCAAUCCGUUGGAUGCCCCCUGAAAGCAUCAUGUACAGAAAAUUUACCACAGAGAGCGAUGUUUGGAGUUUAGGAGUUGUUCUCUGGGAGAUCUUCACAUAUGGAAAACAACCUUGGUACCAGCUCUCCAAUAAUGAGGUGAUAGAGUGUAUAACACAGGGCAGGGUGUUACAGCGCCCUCGGACCUGUCCUAAAGAAGUGUACGACCUGAUGCUGGGCUGCUGGCAGAGAGAGCCGCACAUGAGACUCAACAUCAAGGAAAUCCACGGUCUGCUCCUCAACCUGGCCAAGGCCUCACCCGUGUACCUGGAUAUCCUGGGCUGAACCCAGCAGUCACAUGCAAGAGUGGUUCCAGUGUGUGUGUGUGUGUGUGUGUGUGUAUACAUUAGUGAGCAUGUGCAUUUGAGGCUGCAUGCAUGUGUGCGGGAUUGAGUGAAAUAUGUGGUGCGUGCACAGAACAUGUGUGUGCUUGUGUGCAAGAUGCCGCUGUACAGGAUGUGAAGCUAUUAUCAAACUCUUAAAGGCAAUCAGAAAAA